UGAGAUCCACCAUUUCCUAUAAGUGUCUACUUUUUGUUCUUUAUCUAACUAUUCUUUUAAUAGAUGCAUGAGGAAGAUAGACAAAUACAGAGGCAUAGUUGGCUUUUUAGAUCCAGAGAUGAUCAUUUUAAAGAGAAUCAAUGAAGAGGCUGAUGAAGUCGAAGCAUACAUUGUGAAAGCAUUGCUUGCUCAGCAGGACAAGGAGUGCAUAUUUGUUGUUUGCCAGGAAGGUUACCAUUGGGCCUUGUUAGUUAUUUUCCCAAAAUGGAAUACAGUGUACAAUAUUGACUCCAAAGGUUACCAAUCCCCUAGCUGCUAUAGUAUUAAGAAGCUAUUCGACGAGGCUUUUGGUGCUUAUGUCGACAAAAAAGGUCGCCAUAACAAGAAUUUUGGUCGCACAGUUAUAUGGAAACAUUUUCAGGCACACAUACAACCACCUGGCAGUAUGCUUUGCAGACAAUAUGUGAUGUACCACAUGUUAUCCUUUGCGGAUAAUCUUAGUUUGGACCGUGAUCGAUAUCCUCAGGGUCGUGCUGGUUUUGCAACCUGUCCAUUAUUGCCUGAUGAGAUAGCAAAUGUCCGAGAACGGUUGCUCGACUUCUUCAUGAAUGAGGUGAUAGACAUUGGUGGAUCAUGCAGGGUUGAGGGUGCUUCAUAUAACUAAAUCUAGCAUGGCUUCCU